CACGCCGCUCAGUCAGUCGUCGUCACACCAGUACACCACUCGUGCGAUUAUUUUUUUUUUCGUAACGACACGUAACUCACUCGUGUGCGCCGUCACUGCGGUGGUGCCGCGUACCUACUGUACAAUAACGACAUAAUAUCAACACCAUCGACUUUUAAAUAUUUAUUUCAUUUAAGUCGUGUGGCGUAUAACAAAAACGCGUUUCUCGUCGCAGACUAUAAUAUUAUCAUCGUCGUGUAACUAUAUCUAUAAUAUUGUUCUUCGUAAUCAGAUUGGUUUCAUGGUUGUUCGUAAUAAACCACGAUUUCUAUACCGAUGGACGUAUCGUCGAUGAUACUUCUCUGCGAACCCGUCGUAUAUAAAUAACAAUACAUUCGGUUAGCUCAAGUCCGCCCGCGCCUGCGCUAUGGCCGUGCUGGUCGGAGGCCAAGACAACGUGGUGUCCAUAUCGGCGGCCAAGUCACUCAAAAUGUUGACGCUCUCCGUGGUCUGGGGCUCGUGGAUCGUCGUCAAGAACGCGGCCGCCAGGGCCUUCAGCCCCCUGUGGUCGGACGGCGGUGGCCACGGGAACAACGAAGACGCGGCCGCCAAUGAAAAUGCAGCCGUCAUCAAUGUCCGUGGCAAGGCCAUCCGCCGGGCGCCCAUCAGGGACCGUCCGCCGCCGUGUCUGUCCACCACGGUUUAUGGUACCCACUCGUACGUCAAAGUCAAGGGUGUUAAAUUGCAUUACGUUGAAUGUGGUGACCCAAAUGGAUCGAUUGUUCUUUUACUACACGGAUUCCCAUCUUGUUGGAUUAGUUGGCAUCAUCAAAUACCCACCUUGUCAAAACAUUUUCGUGUGAUUGCUGUAGACCUUAAAGGUUUUGGUGAUUCUGAUAAACCAUCAGCACGCAAAAGUUAUCGAGUUGAAAAUCUGGUCAACGAGCUAGCCGUGUUUUUGUCGUUGCUUGGAGUGGACGGCCGUAAUAAAUGUCACGUGAUCGGCCACGACUUGGGCGCUUUAUUGGGCUGGUAUCUGGUGCAUCUGUGGCCCAGGUUUGUGUCAAAAUUUGUAGCCAUUUCAUGUCCACAUCCAAAUGUCCACUGGGAGUACUUACCUUCAUCAAGUUUCUUUAAUAAAAAUUGGAUUUACUUCAGUCAACUUCCUUAUUUACCGGAAAUGGACGCUUUGCAAAGUGAUCUAAAAAUAAUCAACCAGUGUUAUCAACACCUAUCUAAGAAUAAGAAAAGUGAUGACUCAUCUUACAUCGACGCAUAUAAAUAUACAUUUUCAAGAACAGUGGACUGGACGGGUGCUAUUAAUUAUUUUAGAAACUUACCAUUCUACAGAAUCGAGCCACGGAGUAAUAAUGAUUCUUUAAAUAAAGAAGAAGACAUGCUUCAAGUUCCGUGUUUGCUCAUCAUUGGUAGUAAAGAUGUAAGUGUAAAAAUUGAAAGUUUUAUCAAGUCAACAGAAUUUAUCAAAACAUCUACUUUAAGAAUAAUUGAUGAUGCAUCGCAUUUUCCCCAUCAAGAGCAACCUGAAGUAGUCAAUGAUCUAUUGACAUCAUAUUUAGUUCGUGUAAAAGUAGUUCAAAAAGUACUUCGACAACAAACAUGUUGUGAUAUAGUUGGACGAAUGAAAGAUAUCGUUUCGUCUACGGUUCAGUAUGGAAAUACGUUGAAAGAUUCAAUGCAAAGAAACAUUUCACAGUAAACAAUCACGGCCAACACAUCAUAGCAAAACUCUCAUUUUUUAAAUUUAUAAAACAAAAUGUUUUUAUUGAUGUUAAUGUAUUUAUAUUGUAUAAAAAUAAUAUUAACAAUGAAAAAAAUGUUAUCAUCCAUAAUACGUUUACUAAUACAAUAAAACUUUUGUUUACUUACAAGAUCAUUUAAAACUUUGCAAAACUAAAAGUACAGUGAGCACGUGUAUUAUACAUUUAUCUAUAUUGGUACAUCGUAAUAUCGUAUAUACACCUACAAUCGUUCGCAUCACGUGUUCCUAGGAAGUACAUUAUAUGUAUAGAUUUAUCUACAGUGUUAUUAUUGUGAAUUAUUAAUAAGGAAAAUUUAAAUUAAUAUAAGCUAUAAUAUAUUAUCAUAUAUUCGUAUAACCGUAUGUGACCCCUUUGAGCAUAACUAAACGUUUAUAAUACAUACUCUGAUAGACCAUAGUAGCCAAUAUAAAUUAUAAUUUGUAAUUAAUAAAAAAUAUGUAUAGGUAAUAACCCCGUACUUUAAAUAUUUAAUCAUAGUGUAAUAUAUGUUGUACUCACUACAUAUACGAUAUUAUAUUUUUACACAUUAAGCAUAA